GAAAGAGAUAAGCUGUUGCAGAAACAAUAGUUAGAACGCAUGGAAACCAUUCUAGCAUCAGCACCUUCUAAAUUCACAAGCUUCCACUCACUUUCUCAGAGAUUUUCCCUCGCUUUCCCGGAAAACAGAAGAAGGAAAAACUUAGUCAACCUUAAAGGAGCGUCAUUGUCUUACCUAUCUCUAAGAGUUAAAGCAAAUUCACAAGCUGCUUCUGCAUCCACUGAGGCCACAAAGGUGGGUAGUGUACCUAGUGAAAUGAAAGCGUGGGUGUAUGGAGAAUAUGGAGGAGUCGAUGUAUUGAAAUUUGAUGAGAAAGUUUCAGUGCCUCAAGUGAAGGAAGAUCAGGUGUUGAUCAAGGUUGUUGCUGCCGCUCUUAAUCCUGUUGAUGCUAAGCGAAGACAGGGCAAGUUCAAGGCUACCGAUUCUCCUCUCCCGACUGUUCCAGGGUAUGAUGUUGCCGGUGUGGUGGUAAAGGUUGGCAGUCAAGUGAAGGAAUUUAAGGAGGGAGAUGAGGUGUAUGGGGACAUAAAUGAGAAAGCAUUGGAAGAGCCGAAACAGUUCGGCUCCUUCGCAGAGUACACUGCAGUUGAAGAAAAUUUAUUGGCUUUGAAACCAAAAAAUUUGGAUUUUGUUCAGGCUGCUGGCCUUCCUCUUGCUAUUGAGACAGCCUAUGAGGGUCUAGAAAGAACUGGGUUCUCUGCUGGUAAAUCUAUUCUUGUUUUGAAUGGUUCUGGUGGUGUUGGAAGCUUGGUGAUUCAGCUAGCAAAACAAGUAUUUGGUGCUUCAAUAGUUGCAGCAACUUCCGGAACCAGAAACUUGGAACUUUUGAAGAGCUUGGGUGCUGAUUUGGCUAUUGACUACACUAAAGAAAAUAUUGAAGAUUUGCCAGAAAAAUUUGAUGUAGUCUAUGAUGCAAUUGGGCAAUGUGAUCGAGCAGUAAAGGUAGUUAAAGAAGGGGGCGCUGUGGUGGCACUAACCGGUGCUGUAACACCUCCUGGUUUCAGAUUUGUAGUCACUUCAAAUGGAGCUGUUCUGAAAAAAUUAAAUCCAUAUCUGGAGAGUGGAAAGGUAAAGCCUGUAGUAGACCCCAAGGGCCCGUUCCCUUUUAGCCAGGUUGUUGAGGCUUUCUCUUACAUUGAAACGAACAGAGCUACUGGAAAGGUAGUUAUAUACCCAAUUCCAUAAAAAUUGUAAAAGAAAAAACAGAGAAGCCAUUUUGUAAUGUAUAAUUUCCAUAAUCAGA